AUGGAGAUAGUCGGUCCUUCUAAGCGCAUGUGGGCAGGUGUUGCCAUGAACCUCUUCUGGAGUGCGGGAAACAUGAUCACAGCUCUAACGGCCUAUCUCUUCAGGGACUGGAAGACUCGACAGCUGAUUGUCAGUGUCCCGGCGGUUGUCUUUGCUUAUUUAUUUUUUAUCCCAGAGUCCCCAACGUGGCUGCUCAAACAUGGAAAAAAGGAGGAAGCUAAACGGAUAGUGGCAACUAUUGCGAAGAAGAACAAAGUGAAAGUAGAUCUAAAUGUUCUUGAUGAGAUCGAUAUUGAAAAUGAAGAAGUUAAACAAGAACCAUUCUGGAAUCUUUUGAAGUCUUCAGUGAUGAUGCGUCGAAUGAUUAUCAUCUGCUAUAAUUGGUUUGCAGCUGGAAUGGGUUUCUACGGCCUCAGCAUGAACGUCACCAACCUCUCUGGAAGCAUCUACCUCAACUUCUUCUUAUUCAUCCUAUUCUCAGAGGUUCUAGCUUAUAUUUCCUGUUUUUUCCUAAUGGAUCGUAUCGGACGCAAGUUGUUGCUGUGUAUAUCUCUAUCGCUAACCGGGGCAGCAUGCAUUCUUCCUUUGAUUCCAGUACUAGUUUCAGAUACACCUGAGAAGUGGGCCAUCAACAUCCUCGCCAUUGUAGGAAACACGUGUGCCUCUGCUGCCAUGUGUGCCGUCUACACCUUCACAGCUGAACUCAUGCCAACCACAUCAAGGACAUUUGGCAUGUCAAUGAGUUCAAUUUGCUGUAGAGUUGGAAGUCUACUGUCUCCCUAUAUUGUUGACUUGACGAUGUACUUAUCCGGACGUUUUGGUCAGAUUCUCCCCAUGCUGGUAUUCGGGGGUAUCACAAUCUUGGCGGCCCUUCUGGCUCUGCUUCUCCCGGAAACAGUGAACAAGAAGCUACCGGAAACCAUCAAGGAAGCUGAGAUGCUCGGGACGAGUGCGUACAAGGCUGCAGAUGCAUCUCCUGUUCAGCUGAUUCCACUUGAAUCUCAGUCGAAGGAGAGGUGAGGUGAAA